CUGUAUUUUUACUUCCGAAGAAGUACUAGUUUUCAGGUGCUCAUUGGCCACGAAUCAUUUGCCCUCGAAAAGCCUCUGCCAAAUAAUCAUCGAUUCCGAUGGAUUCUUUUCGUACGCCCUAUCAUAGGGUCAAAGUUUACGGACAGAACAUUCCUUAGCAAGGUGGAAGUGGAAUUGCAUCCUACAUUUGCAAAUCCUUUUCGAGUGCUCAAAGAGCCACCGUUCGAACUAGAAGAAACCGGUUAUGCAUCGUUCACGCCAAAGCUAAUUAUUCAUUUCAACACUCCCCAUGCUAAGCCGUAUCCUGUCCAAUAUGACAUGAAUCUCAAGCUUGAGAAGCAUGCAUUCCAUCAACAAGAAAUGACGUUUGCCAUGUCGGAUGUGACGCCAUCGUUUCUUGAGCUGGUCAGACGCUUCUGUGGAUCCACGGAUGGGAAGCGGAAGAAGCGGGACGCCGACGGAUCGGCUAAUCGCACGAAAAAGCCCAAACCAGACGAGGGAAAGUAA